GUUUUUUUGGUCAACUUCCGCCUUGUAAAGAAGAGCCAAUGGCUGCUGGCACCAACAUUGAAUGGACUACACCGGGACAUAGAUCUAGAAAAGCGUGAGUUCAAAAUAUUAGGCCUACUGCGUGAAAUACGAAAACAAUGUCUUCACAGAUAGUGGAGGAUUGUUAUAGAAGAAUGACUUCAAGCAAUGUGAAUGUGUCGCCACAUACUAAGUAUUACUAAAGAAUGACUUCAAGCAAUGUGAAUGUGUCACCACAUACUAAGUAUUAUAAAGAAUGAAUUUAAGCAAUGUGAAUGUGUCGCCACAUACUAAGUAUUACUAAAGAAUGACUUCAAGCAAUGUGAAUGUGUCACCACAUACUAAGUAUUACUAAAGAAUGAAUUUAAUGUGAAUGUGUCUCCACAUACUAAGUAUUACUAAAGAAUGACUUCAAGCAAUGUGAAUGUGUCACCACAUACUAAGUAUUACUAAAGAAUGAAUUUAAGCAAUGUGAAUGUGUCACCACAUACUAAGUAUUACUAAAGAAUGACUUCAAGCAAUGUAAAUGUGUCGCCACAUACUAAGUAUUACUAAAGAAUGAAUUUAAGCAAUGUGAAUGAAUCUCUAAGUACAGAAUACUCUGGGAUAACCAUCCUGGCACCUGGAGCCUUCAUGCUCUCACUCCUGAUCAUAUUUGGAAACCUGACCACCCUAAUAGCUAUCAAGCGCAUGCCAUCACUGCAGACCAAAUCUAAUGCCUACGUGGCCUCCCUGGCUUGCGCUGACAUCAUGGUGGGUCUUGUCCUCAUCCCAUAUGGGCUUUGGCUUAUCCCUGAUAUCAGAAACAGGUUCGACCAAACAGUGACAAUGUGUAACCUGAUCAUGUCUGCAGGCUCCUCAGCCAUCGUGGUCAGCAUACUGAACCUGCUGCUGGUAGCCUUGGAGCGCAUGGUAUACAUCAACUACCCUUUCUUCUAUGUACGGGUCAUCAACAACAAUGUCAUAGGGGUCAGCAUCACCUUUCCCUGGCUCAUCGGGUUGACAUUUGGGAAUAGCCAGUGGUUCAUCAAUGUACCAAAAACCAAUCCCCCCCAGUGCGUGGCCAACAAGAUCCUACCCACCUUCUACUACAAGUAUGUGGCCACUCUCAUGUACUUCAUCCCUAGUGCCGCCAUUUUCGCAAUCUAUACAAAGAUCAUCAUGAUAGCGAGGAAACAUAGCACAGCUAUUAAAAAAAUGAACGUGGUCCAACCUUCCUCUGACAAAGUGGCAUGGGCCUCAAGGCCUAUGGCUAUGAGUGAUGAGAACUGGAAAGCGGCUAAAAUGAUGAUGACAGUGUUUGGUUUGUUUUUCACAUGCUGGACUCCCAGGUUUAUACUCCACACUGUUCCAGAUGACUACCUCAACAAAAGUGUUCCAGAGAUUGUUUAUAACCUAUUCAUGAUGAUGGGCCUUUUGAACUCUGGGAUUAACUUUCUGGUAUACCCACUGCACAAUAUGGAGUUUCGCAAAGCACUUAUUCAUCUUCUGUGUUUCUGGUCUAGAUCACAUGACCAAUUAUUCUCUGUUGUUAAAGAUAUUCAUAUAACAAACAUCUCGACAGGCAAAAUCUUAAAUAAUUAAUAAUCUUUUCUAUGUGCUUCAGAGUUUAGAGAUGUUAAAGAGUUAAAUGAUUUGAUUGCUGUCAGAACCAAAUAAGACUUUGUUUGCUCAAUAAACUAAAAUUAAUGCUUUUUUAACUUAGGAGAGAGAAAUGUUCUGGUAUGAAAUAACAUGGACAAAAAAUGAUAAAGCUGUCAAACUACAGAGAGAAUAUGUAACAGGAGAUACUAUUGCAAUUAAUCUAAUGAAAACAUCAAGUUUAACCUUCAUACAUUUUUUUUAAAAAGAAAAACUGGUAAUCAUUUUUUUUAUACUUUUAAAUAGAAUCAUAUCUUUAUUUAUAACAGAUACAUUACAGGAAAUUAAAAGUUAGGAAUAUAACGUAGAAUAUCUUUUUUUUCUAUAAAUGAUGCAUUAGCCAAAUUAAAGAAAUAGAAUUAUAAUGUAGAAUAUUUUUACUUAUAACUGAUGCAUUGCAAAAAUUUAAAAUCAUACGAGCUUAAAAUGGAAUAUUUUUCACUUUUUUUUUUUCAAGAAUUGCUAACAAAAUUGUAACUGAUGUAAAAGUUGCAAGCCUUAUAAUCUAAAUAGUUGAUUCUAGAAUGGAUUUUUAACAUUGUGAAAAUUAGUGUACAUAACAGAAAUCACAACUUGGUAUCAUAUUUCUUUCUUCGGUAUCAUUCUAUAAGCUAUCAUCACAAAAUACACAAUCCUUUCCUAAGUUAUAUCUUACAAUAAGAGAAUGCUCAUAUAAGAUAUAAAAGUGCAGCUUUGAAAUGAAAUGAAACAAAACAAUCAGCUACAUCUGCUAAUUGUUUAGCCAAUGUGCCCAAAUGCUUUCAUCUUUUAAGUCAGAUUGUUAAUUUACCUUGCUACUGGAGCGUCUCUGAAUAAUUUACUAAGGGCAUUACUAUUGUUAAAUGUGAAUAUCCACCAUAUUUUAGUAUGUAAAAAAUAUUUUACUUUAUUUUAACUGUGUAAUGACACAAGACGCGUAGAAGUUGAGUUUAAUCGGGUUUUUCCUUAGUGACGUGACGAGUAAUUAAAAAGUAGGAUUACGAACUAGAGAGAGUAACGAACAAGAUGCCUUAGAGGACGACACUAGGCUAGCGACGACAGAGGACUGUGUCCUUUUUAUUAUUCAUUAAAUUGUUUGAAGUUAUCAGCCUGCGUUAUCAAAUAUAUUCAUUGUUAUUCUGUUGUUGUGUCUUCAACGAACUCGCAUGCACCAUCAACAUCUAUAAUCAUCAACGAACAGACCAUCAACAACUGUUUUAUGUGUGUGAUUGUGUUAAUAAAUUCUGAACGCAGGAUUCAUAUUCUAGUAUUAGUUUAAAUUAAGUUAUUUUUAGGUUCUCAUUAGAUUUGUAAACAUUGAUUUUGCAGCAUUUCAAUAAGAAAGACAUUUUUACAUUUCCAAACUAACAACUAAAUACUCUGUUUAUUCCACAAUACCCUAAAUAUAAAACUAACCUCCUUAUAAAAGAACAAUGAAAAUAUGGGUAGUGUGACCAUGAUAAACCAGAAUCAACUCACAAUCAAAGACAGUGGAUAUUAAGGUAUAUUCAACAAUGGAAAAUCUAGAUUAUGGAUAUGUUGAUUUACCAAAUUCAAAAAGUAGUAGAUCUACUUUUAAGUUAUAAUCAAUGCACAUGGACUUACAUGACAU